AAGAGCAUGCAUAGGUUAGUUGUUUAGAGACUUGAAGGAACCUGAGAAUAAAAAGAGAAAAGUGCUGCCUGAAAAAUUUAGUGUAGUAGAAGUCCGUUCAACAAAUAAGAGAUUGGCAGGUUUUUUGAUACUUUAUUUUGCAAAACCCACCUGUUGAUAUAUAGUUACUGUUAAAAUAAAGUUCACUGAAGUAUUGCCUUAUCAGUGUGACUUGCCAUAUUCCAUCCCAAGUACUCCAAUGUAGCAGUGAUUUCAAUGACUAAACCCAGGAUGAUCUGGUAAUGCGAUAAUGACUUUGAUACUUGAUUACCCCAGGACACCUGAGGGUAUGGUGUAGCAGAGACAAAGAAUAUCUCAGGUGGUGGCAGCAGGCUGGAAGAUCCAGCAGAAAGACAUCUCUUCUUCAGGGGAAGUAUCAUAGAUGUGAAUGUGUGGCUUGCUAUAAAACAGGGUCUAGAGCAAGUCAGAAGAGGUAACUUUUGCAGCUUGACCUGAAGCAUAUUUACAUGGAAAUAAAUUCCAAUGAAUUCAGUAAGACUUUCUAUGAAUGCUGUUGUAUUUAAGUCACACAGAUGUAGGAGUCAGGAAAAUUUGCUUUGCCAAAAACAUAAUAUGAGACCUAUGAAAAGACGGUUGCAGCCUUCGUUGGAAGAAAGGUUAGGCAAGCUCCUUGGAAAUAGAAGAGCUAGGAGAGAUAUACUCUGAUUAAAAUGGUCUUGAUAUGGUCACUUUCCACAUGUGAGGAGAUUUUGAUAUUAAGAUGCUUUCAAACAAGCUAUAUCCCCCACAUGCAUUUUGAGGUGUUUACAGUCUUGAGAGGCAGCUGUCACAUGAUUGCUUGCACAUUUGAAUCGGCUCUGAUGGCCAGUCAAUAUAUGAUCUCUAUCAUGAAGAAGUAGCUAGAAAUUGCGCCACAUGACUUCUCCACACCGCUGUACUAUGCAAUAUGAUGGAUCACAAAGUCCUUUCUGAUUUGCCCUGACACCAAGAGUGUGUGGCGCUUCCAUUCGUCAUCACAGAAUUUAAACGCAUGUCGACCACACUGACAUUAUCUCCACAACUGAGAGAACAGCCAUAUUCCUUUGUCAAGAAUAUUUGAGGCCUGGAUGUUGACUUCUUAAAAGUUUCUGAAACCUGAAAAGGUGUUGACCGUUUUUGCAAAAAAACACUGGGAAAGCUUGGGCGAGAGCAGUGUGAUCCCUGAAGAGUCUACGGAGGAAUUUUUCAGUUCAGUCCGAAUACUGGAUAAGCUCACAGCAUACGCCUGUCUAGAGACUUCAUGUUGCUUUAAAUAAGAAACUUCAUUGUCACAUGUUGUAAGAACAGCUGAAUUAUUCCUGGCAGUUGCAGUAAAAACUGGACCUGAGAAAACUGGACGACAGAUUUGGGAAGAUGAUGCUCCAGCAAGUUAUGAACCAAAGAAACUAGAAACUGGGGUGCUUUUUGUUAUGCACUGUGUGUCCCAAAGACUCCUGCCUGGGUAAAGAACUCCAGGGAAGACAAACCUGAGUGGGUUUGAAAGCACUGGAAUCUGCUGCAGUUACUUUGCUGGCUCUGUGUCUGGCAUCUCCAGUUCUGGAUUGUGCUUGAUGGGGGUUUUUGCCAAGGGAGUAGACCUUGCAACUAAGGACAGAAUUGUAGAACUGGGGGAGUUGGCAUCUAUAUGCCCAAAGACAUAUUGGCUUAACCCCAAAGCAAAAGGUUUUUUAUCCAACAGCUGCCUUCUGUAGUACAUCAAGGACUGAAGGUUGGAGAAGGUCAUAAUCUUAUAACAUGACAGCCAUGCAGGAACAAAAGGAAGCUCAUCACACCAAUGGAGUUGUAUUGCCCAUCGCUGCCGGGCCUAUAGACUGUCUCUCCAGCCCUGACCGAGAACACCUUGUAGGAUCUUCAGAGUAUCUAGGACCUGAAGAAGGGGGAGUGGAGGUAGUGGUGAUAGAAUCCCGAGCCAAUGCCAAAGGGGUGCGUGAGGAGGAUGCCCUGCUGGAGAAUGGCAGCCAAACGACUGAGAGCGAUGAUACCAGCACGGACAGAGGCCCAGAAACAACUUCUCCUCUUAAAGAGACCUCCUUUUCAAUUGGGCUACAGGUCCUCUUUCCUUUCCUGCUGGCAGGGUUUGGGACAGUAGCUGCUGGGAUGGUGCUGGACAUUGUGCAGCACUGGGAUGUCUUCAAGGAUGUGACCGAGGUAUUCAUCCUGGUUCCAGCACUCCUGGGAUUGAAGGGGAACUUGGAGAUGACACUGGCAUCUAGGCUUUCUACGGCUGCUAAUAUUGGGCAAAUGGACACUCCCAAAGACCUCUGGCAGAUGAUAACGGGGAACAUGGCUCUGAUACAGGUUCAGGCAACAGUGGUCGGUUUUCUGGCUUCGAUUGCUGCAGUGAUAUUUGGCUGGAUCCCAGAUGGACACUUCAGCAUUGACCAUGCUGUUCUUCUCUGUGCCAGUAGCGUAGCCACAGCCUCCAUAGCCUCCCUCGUGCUGGGCAUGAUCAUGAUCGGUGUGAUCUUCGGCUCCAGAAAGAUGGGCAUCAACCCUGACAAUGUGGCUACUCCUAUUGCUGCCAGUCUGGGUGACCUCAUCACCUUAGCUCUGCUUUCUGGGAUCAGCUGGGGCCUCUACAUAGAACUAAAGGAGAAAGCCUACGUGAAUCCCUUGGUGUGUGCUUUCUUUGUCGCAUUGCUGCCCCUUUGGAUCAUCAUUGCCAAGAAGAAUGCAGCAACCCGAGAAGUGUUGUACUCUGGCUGGGAACCAGUCAUCAUAGCCAUGGCUAUUAGCAGUGUUGGAGGAUUGAUACUGGAUAAAACUGUGUCGGAUCCAAACUUUGCCGGAAUGGCGGUCUUUACGCCGGUUAUCAAUGGCGUUGGUGGCAACCUGGUGGCCGUCCAGGCGAGCCGCAUCUCCACAUACCUCCACAUGAAUGGGAUGCCUGGAGAGAGCUCUGAGACAGCCCCUCGCAAGUGUCCAAGCCCUUGCAGCACUUUCUUCAGUUCAGUGGAUGUAAAUUCCCGGUCAGCUCGAGUGCUCUUCCUCCUGGUGGUUCCUGGCCAUUUGGUUUUCCUUUACACCAUUAGCUCCAUGCAGGGUGGCCACACAACACUCACCUUGAUCUUUAUAGUUUUCUAUAUGACUGCAGCACUUCUCCAGGUUCUCAUUCUUCUCUACAUUGCUGACUGGAUGGUCCACUGGAUGUGGGGCAGAGGCCUGGACCCUGACAACUUUUCUAUACCUUAUUUGACAGCACUUGGAGACUUGCUUGGGACAGGUCUCUUGGCACUCAGCUUCCAUAUCCUCUGGCUCAUUGGGGACCGGGACACAGAUGUGGGAGAUUAAAACCACCCUUCCUCAGCUUCUCCAUACCCAGCUCUUCCCUUUCGGUGACAUUCCCCCUCCCUAAAGCCUUGCUGCCACCCUCUGUCUCUCUUUGAGACUUUAACUUUGAUACAGGAUUCUCAUUAUUUUCAAUGGGAAUUUUAUGUGGUUUAUAUUUGAAGCCAAGUUUGUACAGGAAAAAUUAGUUUUAGGAAGGACAAAAGGAAAAAAAGUGUAAAGACAAUCACCAAGUGCAAUUCAGAAUGGUUAAUAUCUGAACUACAGGUUACAUGUGAAAAAAACUGAUCAGCAAUUCAGAUUUUAAAGAGACCCACCACCCUCAUUCCGCACCCACUCAAGGCACUAGAUGUAAAGGGCUGCUUGUGUUUUAUGUGUGUUUAAAUGUCGGGGAUGCAAUUCAGACUGGCUUUGUUACUUAAUUAGGUUCAAGAGUUCUUCCCCUAUUGUCACAACUGGGUUCUGAAAUUGAUUAAAUGGUUUGGAGUUACUCCAUGCAUUCCCACUCCUGCUUCUCUACACUAGUAAUCUGACUACAGUUGGGCCUCUAAGGCUCUGUAAUCUGACCUUGUGCAAUUGAUAGACAGCAAAAUCAGAGUUAUUGUCCUGCAUCCUAUCAUGCUCUUUGCUUGUGAAGGGAGUGGUUCUUUGAUCUUGAUGAAUGGAGAAUAAGCUCCCUAGAAUAAUGGUCUGCUCCCACCCAUCAUCCCAAAUCCAUUAUUGGCUAAUCAAACUAUGACAGCCUGGUUUUAGAAAAAAUGCCUGCCUAUGCUCUUUCAGCUUACUAUUUCAUGCUGAUUGUGGACUCUUAAACUGCAGCCAUCUUAUAGUCCUACCAUUGCCCUGAAAAGGCUAAGAGCCACAUGAUUUGUUCAGGUUACAUAGCACUUAGUGCCAUUUCUCCUGUGAAAACAUGGCAAUCCAUUUAAACAAAGGCUGGUAUAAAGUACAGGCUGACACACCUCCAGCUGCCUCUCACUUCUUACAGCAAGUUGGAUUUUGACUGCUUUCCAUAAUGAACUAUGUACCCUAGAUUCUUACUCACCUGUUGUCACCUCAAAUCUGUUGCCCCUUCCAUGCUGCUGUGCGUCAUGUGUAUGAAUCCAUAUAGAUCUGGAAAAUGAUGUGCUAAUUGGCUCAGUACUCUGUGUCUGCAAGUCUUAAAUGCCUGGUGUUGAAAUGAGUCUACAUUUAUGAUGCUCAGUCAUUCUGUUACACUUUGGAGUCAACUGAGGAUGCUUUGCACUUCCUGGGAACUGGGAAAGUCAAUACAAGAUUGCUGGGUACCAGAUAAAACUAGAUAGGUUAGCUCAUUGGCUUUGCUCUGGUCACUGGCUUUGCUCUGAGUGGUAUCUAUCAUGUUACUCCUAGCAUACCAUAAUGAAGUUGGAUCAUAGUAAAAAUCAUCACACACUUCCAGGGAUGAAAGCUCUUUACUUGUGGGUUUUAAUGGUUUGGAAGGUGAGCCUAAUGGGUCUGCAACCGCAUUGUGCUGUCAAAUAGAUAUGUCUGCUCUUUAGAGAUCUCACCCUAUAUGCUUAGGGCAUAAAAACUGACACAUACUGGCCAUGUUUGAGGUCCUGCCAUCUCACAUUUUUCAGCACUAGCAUGUUCUUGCUUGUCUAAGAUCAGAGGCCAGAUCUUCUGUAGUAUUAAAAGUAACUUAACUGUUUUAGGAUUAAGCAUGACAAAGUGGCAUCCAAUUUACGAUGGGAUAAAUGUCAAAAAAUACACAGUGCUUUUUCUGGGCAGUAUCAUAUUUGAGUCUCAAGUUUCUUAAUAGAUUCGAAUAUUGUAAAACCUAGAUCAUGACCUCUGCAAAGGAUAUUGCUGACCGUUUCUUGAACUGUUCUUGCAAACGCUCUAUCUGUGUGAACACUGCAGAUCAACUUAUAUAAGCAGAGAUUGCUCACUUUGAAGCACAGCACUUGUGGAACUGAUCUAAGUUCUACAAAUACUCAUGUAAACAGAACAGUUCCAUGAGCAACUCAAUAAACAUUGGCCCUGGUGACAUGAAAUAAUUUGUAAAAAGAGCACCCAUGUAAUUCACACAGGAAUGUGGUGGAUGGCUCUAUAAUGGGAGUUUGGGGAAUGGAGCUGUUGUGCUAGAUUUCCUUUGCUAUAUGAUGCAAUGGUAUAAAUCUAAAGCAGGCAUUUUAAUUGCAUGUAGGUCAAACACCUUUUUAAUUAGAGACACUAGUAACAUACAGUUCUCUCCACUGCAAAACUCCACUCAUCUCCCAUAUUUUUUGUUUCUCCAUUAUCUUCUCUACAGUGGUGCAUCAUUUCUUAAUUUUUAUUGUUCGUCCCCCUUUUUGUCUUAGUUCCUAAACAAAACUAAAGCUAAGAAAGGAAAGUUAGUUAUAGCCAGUGUGGCCAUGGUCUCUGGUAAAGCAGGUCCUGGUAAAGAAAGUCCUAGACAUUUUGUUAAUCUGAACAGGCACAAGUAUGAAUUGAUCACAAGCUCCCCAGAAAGUUAACAUUUCCUUUUCUCACAAUAGGCUUAACAGGCAACUGUUGCCAGCAAAACAUAUUUUUGCUGGGCCUGAACAAUGGAAUCUGAAUCCGGAGCAUAAUAGGGAUUUUUCAUGCAAUUUGGCUUUAGACUCUAGCCUUAAACUACUCUUUGAGGCAAGUAUUGCUAAAUUCAGGAGGCCUGAAGUGUGAUCAAAAUGAGUUCUGAAAGGAGACUGGUGCCAGAAUAGCAUAUAAAUGACAAAUCUGACAAAUAUAAAGGGCUAAACUGAACCGCCUUGCCUGUGAGGCUGUAAUACUUACAAUUUGUGACUACUUUAGGGUAUUUCUGUGGCUUCAGACCUGUUUUAGAUUGAGAUUGUGGCCUGAACACGGCAGCCUUCUUAUUUAACAUGCCACCAAGAGCAAAGCUGUGGGACCACUGUGCUAAGGUAUCUAUAGGAUAACCCUUUCCUUCUUCAUUGCAUGGUGGCCUUAGUUAUGUGGGAACAAUGGAUGUGGGUGAGAAUGUCCAUAUUGCCUUGUGGCAAUUCUUACAUUGCUGUAACCUAAUUUGCAGGGUAACUGGAAGUGACAUCUUUCAGACUUCUACUGCAAAUAUUAAGUUUCUACUCAACAAUGGACAUUGUUACAAUGUUUAAUUUAUUCAUAAUCAUAAGGACCUAAGAGAUUCAUCCUAUCUUCUGUUAAAUCUUAAACUUCUGAAAUGACCUUUGUCUCGCCAAUUUGUCAUUUGUCUCACCGAUUUGUGCUUUCUGUUGCAGGAUGCAUAUGUUCACCUUGCUAAAACUUGAACAAUCUGCUUUAUGUGGAAUGCUUCCAUUCCCCCACCCCAGCUAAGGUCUAUGUCUGUGCAUCCCAUGAAAGAGUUCAUUUCUCCUAGUCUUGGUUGCAAGAAUUGAUCUUUGGUCAAGGAGCUGUACUGUUGCAAUUGGGUGAUAUUCCUAAAUUUUUAUUAUGUCUGCAGUGGGGUGGAUGCAGAGGGCUAUGUGGGGUGUAUGAACAAAACUUCAUUGAAAAACAUUGAAGAAUAACUUUAUUCUCACCAGUUGUACUCAAAUGUAUGUAUAUAUUAGACAUGGCUGCAAAUGAAGAUGAAGCUAUUGGUUUACACCUCUAUUUAAAAAAAAGAAAGCACCCUCUUAUUUAUAUUAGCUAUAACUGAAUUGACAGAUGCCGACUAAACUGAUAAAUUAUAUUUGGUAAAAUAAAGAUUACAUUUAUUUAUA